GUCCUUGUCACCCUGGGUCUGCAGAGCAAGCUGGAUUCGUUCGGGAAGGUCCAGGAGGCGAUUGAUUCCAUGGUGGAUGCCCUGAAGAAGCAGAAAGCCGACGAAAUCGCACACCACGAGAUGUGCGUGGCAGAUCUGGAGAAGAACAACGCAACGGCAGAGGAGAAGGAGGCCAUCAAAGUCCGCACCGAGGACGAGAUCCAAAUCCUCAAGACGAAGAUCGCCCAGUCUGAGAAGGAUGCCAAGAUGUUGAAAUCGGACAUUGCAGAGAUGGAGAAGCAGAUCCAGCUGGCCGGCGACGCCCGGCAAAAAGAGAACACCAAGUUCCAGCAGGAGGCCUCAGAUCAGAAGGAGACCCAGACAGUUCUGGAGAAGGCAGUGCAGUACCUCCGCACCUUCUACAGCGCUGGCUCGCUGGUGCAGAUCAAGGCACACACGACCCAGGCGCAGAGCAAGAGCGAUGUCCCGGGAGCGCCAGAGGAUUUCCAAGACUACCAGAAAAACUCCAACGGUGGAAGUGCCAUCUCUUUGAUUGAGACCAUCAUUGCCGAUGCAAGGCGCCUGGAGGCAGAGGCCAUCGAGGGGGAGCAGGAUGCCCAGGCUUCCUACGAGGAUUUCGUGACGCAGACCGGCGCCAGCAUCAAGGCGAAGACAACGGAGAAGGAUGGCAAGAUGAUGGAGAUUGCGGAUGCCAAGAAUGACCAGGCUGAAGCCGAAUCAACCAUCGAGUCGACUGAGGAGGAGCUCGCACGACUUGCGGACACCAAAGCCUCUCUCAAGGAGGAAUGCGACUUCUACGUGAAGAACUUCGAGGGCACCGUCAGUGAGCUGCUGGGCACGCAAGAGCACUCAAGUGAGGUGAGCUCUAUUGUGCUAGGUGAGCUUGCAAUCAGGAGUUGGCUCCAAGCAGCACAGCUUCUUGGAACACAGCUACAGGGCUUUUGUGUGAAGAUGUUGACGCAUGUUGUGGUGCAGAAGAAGGCUUUGACGGAGCUGCAAGGCAAAGGCAACUUCCAGGUCAUUGCGGUCAACAAUGUGACGGGCUCCGCCGAGCAAAUGGCGCGGGAGCUUUGCAAUCCGCCUGCGGCGAUCUGGCUGGAUCUGUGGAACACAGAGUUCCAGGGAGGCCUCAAGGUCGAAAUUGAAGACCUCACUGCAGGAUAUGCCACGGCCAAGAGCGUGCUGCACGGGGUGACCCUCCAAAUUCCGCCCUGUUCCAAGUGCGCCUUUGUGGGCAAGACCGGCUGUGGCAAGUCGACCACUCUGCUCUGCAUCCUACGCUUCUUGGAGGCACGCAGUGGGCGCAUCCUUAUCGGAGGCCGAGAUAACGCGAAGCUCGGCUUGCGAGCAGUGCGCCGCAUCGUUGGCCUCGUGCCUCAGGACCCCACCAUCUUCGAGGGAACCAUCCGUUUUAACCUCGACCCUUUUGACGAGUUCCCAGAUGCGCGCAUUUGGGAGGCCGUACACAGUGUGCAGCUGAUGCAAUUCAUCCGCACCUUGCCAGAUGGUCUUGACACCCACGUCGAUCGUGAUGGCAGCAAUGUCAGCUUCGGGCAGAAGCAGCUCAUUAGCCUGGCUCGCAUGGUGAUUCGCCAGCCGCCUGUCUUGCUGCUGGAUGAGUGCACGUCGGCACUGGACCCCAUCACCCAGGAGGCCGUACAAAAGAGCAUCCUCCGCGACUUUCCCAGGACCACGGUCAUUGCUGUGGCGCACCGUUUGGAAACUGUCUUGGACUUCGAGCAGAUCUGUGUUUUUCACCAAGGAGAUGUUGUCGAGCGUGGCACCGUGGAGGAACUCAAAAAAGCCGGGGGCACUUUCGCAAAGAUGCUGCAGGCAAAACGGAUGCAGCCUCCGCAGUAG